ACUAAUGCAUUCUACAACUAAAAUGUUGCAGCACAAACAGGUGAAUAAUAGCAGCAAGCAAUAACAAAGUGUGGCCGUGACAUAGAGACAAGAUCUAUUACUAAUUACUAUGUCAAGCGUCGUUCCCAAAGUUGCCGUCAUUGGCUGUGGAAUUUCAGGUGCAGUAUGUGCGUCAACUUUAGCUAAAAAUGGAGUGGCGGUUACUGCUUUUGAUCUAGGUAGAGGUCCUGGUGGCCGCAUGUCUCAGAGAAGGGAAACUACUAAAGAGGGGAUAGAGUUGUUCUUUGACCAUGGUGCUCCUUAUUUCACUGUUACAAACACUGGUGUUUUGGAUGUUAUUCGUGAAUGGGAGUCAAGAGGUCUGGUUGCAGAGUGGAAAGAGAAAUUUGGAACAUUUGAUUGCAUCUCUAAGAGCUUUAUUGAUUCUGGGGAGGAAUUAUCGAGCAGGAAGUAUGUAGGCAUACCAGGCAUGAAUUCUAUAUGCAGAGCAUUAUGCGACGAACCCGGAAUAGAAAGCAAAUUUGGUACUGGUGUUGCGAAGAUGGAAUGGGCUGUGGAUCAGAACUCAUGGUCCUUGAUCAGUUUGGAUGGAAAGUUUCUUGGUGAUUUCAGUGGUCUGGUAGCAACAGACAAAAUUCUUGCUUCUCCUGGGUUCACCUAUGUAACAGGACAUCCUCCACCUCUUGAUAUGAAUUUGGCACCACAAAUGGCAUCAAGAUUAGAAGAAGUACCUUUCAGAUCUUAUUUUGUUCUCAUGCUGGCUUUCCAUGAGCCUUUACGCUCUAUACCAGUGAAAGGGUUGUCUUUCAUAAACUCUGCAAUUUUGAGCUGUGCCUUUUGUGACAGCAGUAAGCCAGGUCGCGCUUCAGCUAGUGAAUGUUGGGUCUUGCAUUCCACUGAGGAAUAUGCUAAGAAAGUUAUAGCUGAUGCUGGACGUACUAAGGCUUCUGAUAUAACAUUAGCAAGAGUCUCUGAAGAUCUUCUGCAGGAAUUUCAAAGGACUGGACUUUGCACUUCCCAGCCUUAUUUCAUGAAAGCUCAUCGGUGGGGCAGUGCCUUUCCAACAAUUAGCAUAGCUAGAGAAGAUAAGUGCCUCUGGGAUGUAAACAAGCGAUUGAUUGUUUGUGGAGACUUCUGUGUCAGUCCAAACGUGGAAGGUGCUAUCAGAAGUGGUUUGGCCGCAGCUUCAAAGUUUAUGGAAAUGUGUAGUUGCACACCAUGCCUGUGAUUUAGUUAUCUUUAGAAAAGAAUUCCUUAUUCUAUCUUUGAUUUGAUACUCUUGAUUUUAGCCAUAUUUGAUUUCUCAAAAGAAAUAGCUACAACGUGUGAAAAUGGUGAUGAUAUUAUUGCAGUAAUACUAUCUGUUUCAGUAAAAAUAGGGGGUAUAUGAAAU